AUGCCCUCACAGACGCUCUGCACUCUCUCAGGGCAGCUGGAAGUCGCACCACCAACUGCGGCGCAGUUAAGAUACGUUCUGCUGCACAAUGCAAUCCCCUUUGUUGGAUUUGGAUUCCUGGACAACUGCAUCAUGAUUGUUGCUGGCACUCAUAUCGAGUUAUCUAUCGGUGUGAUUCUCGGCAUUUCAACUAUGGCAGCUGCUGCACUUGGAAACCUGGUAUCAGAUCUGGCAGGACUGGGGCUAGCAGGUUACGUGGAGGCUUUGGCGUUUCGGUUGGGGAUGCAGAUUCCCGAUCUGAGCCCGAAGCAGGCCGAUAUGUGGCAGACCAGAGUCAGCUGUCACAUGGGUAAAGCCAUCGGUGUGGGCAUUGGCUGCCUCCUCGGGAUGUUUCCUCUUCUCUUCUACUCAGACAAUGACAACGAGAAGGAGGAAGGCCAAAUGAAGGCCAAGGAGGAGAAACAGCCACCGAUAACUCCGACAGAAAGCAGCAAAAACUAACGAACCAUUCCAGACUAUGAGGAACCGAUGAGAUUCCACGUAGUCUGGAGUGGUUUGGAGUGAGAUCUUUUCCUCACAGGCUGGAGGGUUUGGAAAACAGGCAAAGUGGCACCUCUGAAGAAACUGUCCAAGGUCUUCUGAGGAGGACUUUAGACCACGUUUGAUCGUAGACGCUGAACUUAAGCACAGAAACAAGACGGCUAUUGAAGGAACAAUGCUGCUAACGGCCGCACCACGUCUU